AUGAAGAGCAAGAUGGUGAAGCUGACCAGGCAGCUGGACGAGGAAGUUCAGAAGCGGGACCAGGUCUCCGCCGAGUCGCAGCUCCUGGAGAGGAGACUUCAGGACCUGACGAAAGGCACAGCAGGUGCUCCGACUUCUCCGUCGAGGGCGGGAAACAACGACGACGAGCAGGCUCUGCGAGAACGUGGCAGCCAGGUCUCCACGAAGUUGAUGCGUGUGGUGGACCAGUGGAUGCGGCAGAGGGAUCUGCAGCAAGCACUCCUUAGAGGGGCAUCCAUCAAUGACACUGCCUUUGCCACUUUGGUGCAGGCUUUGAACGACUGCCCUUCGUUGCAGACACUGGACUUGUCGCAGAAUCUGCUGACCAUGGACUCCUGCUCGGACUUGUGCCAGCUUAUCACCACCGCUCCCAGUCUCUCCUUCAUCUCGCUGGCGGAGAACUUGUUCUCGCUGCGGUCAGUUGGCUAUUUCAUGACAGCUGUGAUGGAGCGGCAGAACACGAAGAAGCUGAUGCCCUUGGACCUCCUCGACCUGCAGGGCAACGAGGGAUUGGUGGCGGCAGCUGCAGCGCCAGUGCCAGAAGCACUCCUCAGCCAGGUUCAGCAGGCCAUGACGCGCACGGGCCGGCUGCCCCCUGGUGGAGCGGAGCUUGUGGCGCAGGUGAUGCGGGCCUUGUGGCGCUUCCUGCAUGACACACAGCACCCUCAGGUGAAAGAUGCUGGCGCGGACGAAGUUGCCUUCUACGUGAUGGACAAGGUCACGCUACGCAAGAUGGAGAACGCAUUGAUGAAGAUCCUCUUGCUGGGCGCAGACUCCGCCAUUGAUGCAGGAUCUGUCCAGCAUCGUCCCGUAACUGCCAACUUGGCGUUUGCCUCUACCCUCGAGGCAGUUGCGGAAGAGUCCCGACCACCGCAAACCAUGGGCCCUUCUCCGACGCACGCCUCCGAGAGGCAGCACACCGGUGGCUAUGGGUCUUCUCCUGCUCAGUCUACACAGAAGCCGUCCAAGAUCAGCUCCCAGGAAACCAAGACUCGGAGUACGCCAGAUCCCUUCUCGGAUCUGAAAACUGCUUUCGAGCCGCAAAGAGAAAAGCUCAAGACAUUCAACCUCAAGCAGAUCGUGACAAGGAAUGGCACAGUGCUCAUGAACAUGCUCGAGCGGUUGCUGGAGACAACCGAGAUCGAUGCCAGAGAUGUGUUGACUGAGCAGACCUUGCUGGAGUAUGCCUGUCAUACCGGAAACAUGGGCCUGGCGAAGCUUUGCUACCGUCGCGGAGCCAACCUGUCCGCCAAGACCAACAAGGGGGAGACCGCCUUCAACAUUGUCACCAAGAACAAGCGUUACGAUCUGAUGGAGUUCCUCCACACCUACGGUGUCAAAGUCAACUCCGCAGACGCACAGGGAAGGACCGCGCUCCACGUGGCAGCGGCCAAUGACGAUGUAGAUGGCGUUUGCCGUCUUCUUGAGUGGGGUGCGGAUGUCAACAUCAAGGAUGUCAAGAAGAAGACACCGAUCCAUGUGGCGGCCGCCGGCGGGAACAUGAAGACCACCAUGUUGCUCCUCGAGGUGGGUGCGGACAUGAACGCCAAGGAUGACCGCGAGUACACUGCAGUGGCGCAUGCAGAAGCGAACAACCACUUCGUCCUGAUGGACAGGUUGGUCCA